CUCUAUCGCCCAACCAAUUUGCAUAAAAAACUUUCAUCGAGCAAAAAGCGCGGACGGAGUUGCCGAUUCUUAUGCAGCUGCUAAAAUUCGUCCUGUAAUAUCGAGUUGCCUCUGGAAGAUGCACUGUGUCCACUUUAAAAUCUGGUGAAAACGCCAAACGCAGUUUCCUUUUAUUGGCAACAACAACGAGCUAAAUAAGUCGUCUUUUGAACUGCAAAUCCAAGUGUUUUGUUUGUUUUCCGCGCCGCACGACUUAUUUACCGUUGUAAAGGUGAAACCGAAAGUAAAAUCCGCAAGCCGCAGAAACUGUAAAUUAUGUAAAAGUGUGGCUAACAACAAGUCGUUCUGUGCAUCAGUAUGAGUGCGUGCAUUGAGUGAGCUUAUCAGAAAAGUUUAAUGGAAGCUGCGCCGGUAAUUUCUCCUUUUCACCACCCCAGUCUGCAGCAACAACAACAACUGCACGCGGCGAACAACAAAAGCAACUCAGGACACCCAAUAAUGUUGACAACGGGAAACAACAGCCAUAAUGAAGAAGACGAAAUAAACAAGUAAAUGCUCAAUAGGCCAAUUGCGUGGCAAGUCAUAAAAUCGAACGAUGGUUUAGUGUCUAACGCAGUGUAAUAGACCAACUCUGCCACUAGGCCAAAAGGUAAAGCCAAAAGCCUUCAGACUGGAGGCCUCACUUACGCUGAAGCGCAUCUUUGCCCGCAAAAUUGGCUACAAGGCGAAGUCGAAGUCAAUUUUAGCGGCCAUGCGCACGAAACACCUGAUCCUUAUACUGAUCGGAGUGAUAAUCGCCACGAUCGUUUUCAUCGCAUUCGGUCCAGCCGGAGAGCCUAACGACUCAUUCAAGAACAUCGUUGUCCAGACGCACCAGCAGUUCAAAGAGUUCCAGGAGAAUCUUCGCGUUGGCUUGGAACGAAAGAAGCUCGAAAUAGACCCAAAGUAUUUACUUCUUCUGGGAUUCACCUCGCCGAAUGACGCUGCCGGCCAACAGCAGCAGCUGGUGGACAUUGGGUCAUCAGGUCAGCAACUGCCAAAGACAGAUGUUUCGGCGCCGGCUACAAAAGCGGAACUGGAGCUUAGCGAACUGCGAGGACUGCGGCGUCCACAGGAUGCUGUUGCCUUCGGUAGUCAAAAGGGCCAGCGGAAGCGGAUCACGACGCCGUACAACGGUACAAAGAGCAACUUCACAAUCGUCAGCUAUGUGCUUGAGGGGCAGGCCGCAUCGGCUAUUCUGCUCGCCCAGAAUAUUGCCGCAAAGCUUCCGAGCGAGUACCUGCUAAUCUACGAUUUGGGCGUUUCCGAGGAGCAGCUACGGGAUUUGGGCGCCUACUGCAAUAACAGCCGAUGCUCGGUGAUAACCUACGAUCUAUCAGAGUUCCCCUCCUUCGUCGCUGAUCAGCGGACGCACGCCUACCGUCCCAUUGUAAUUAAGGACGGUCUAAUGCGUGCCCGAUCGGUUCUUUUCUUGGAGAACUACAUGCGUGUACGCGGAGGCUCCACCCAACUGCGAAAUCUGCAAAGCAUCGUUAUGAAUCCAGGAGUGGGAGAAGCUGAAGUCAAGUCCGCUGGAGUCCUUGGAUGGAACACAGCGACAGCGGUAUCCUCUCUGACUCAUCCCAAAAUGUUCGACUAUUUUGAGUCGAAAGCUGAGGAGUUUAACUUUCUUCGGAUGGUCGACCUGGAUGCUGUCUUUUUCUCGGACAGUUCCUUAGUGACCGAGAAGAUCAUGCUUCCCUGGCUGAAGUGCUGCCUCACCUUUGAGUGCAUCGAUCCAAUCGGUGCCCAAUCGAAUGGCUGCAAAUUCAAUAAGAAGCCCAUGUUCCGAUACUCUGGAUGCCACGGCUACGAUGCGUCCGCCUUCAACAUCGUUUUGGGCCUCACUUUCCAAAUGGACACCUCCGAAUACUCGCUGCCUGGUGACAGUCCGCGUAACAUUUUCUACAAGGAGACCCUGGAGCAGGCGACCCGUAUACUGGAGAGCAGGCGGCGCAACAGCAGCGAGACAUCUGACCAUCCGUUUACGGACGACUGAACUGGGAAACCUGAAAUUUGAACUGGACGAGGGGAUGGCCAAAGCAUAAACUCAGGAGCUGACGGAGCCAAUGCAGAUUACUAGGUACUUUGAAGGAAAUGAGAGUUCUUGAUAUAAAUUAGAUAAAGGGAAGCCGAUUCCCACUUAAGCAGAUAUAGGCAGAUGACUUGGCGUCCAAGAAAAGAUCAUAAAUGAACAGACCACAGCACAGUAAUUAAGCGUAGCCUAAAAAUGUGCAGAUUAUCAAUACUUAUAACAAUUUAGUGCAGCUCUUAUUACUUAUUUAAUGAAAAAUAUAAUGUCCCCGUGUUUUUGCAGCGAGAUUGUAAUUGAAAACACUCCUGUUUAGUUAAUGUCCCAAAUGUAAAUACAUAAAAACAUCAAAUGGCA